AUGAAUUCGAUCGAGACAUGUAAGCUAUUUCCACAAAGCAACGAUAGCCUGAUCCCAUUCGAUUUGAUCAAGGAGCACCCCGCAUAUAUUCCCUCCUGGGAUGCUUCGAACAUCACAACGAUGAGCCUGAAACUCGGCAGCACUGGAGACAUUCUACGUCCAGCCGGGAUAGACUUUUCAUGCCUCGCCAAUCCACAAGAUUCGGACCUCCACGCAUUUGCGGAUAUCUGUGAAGCCAAACACCUCCAUUUACAUAUUGCCAAACGGCAGUUCCAGGGUGAAGAGCUUAAUGACCUGAAAAGCCUUUGCAGUCUUCUACCAAAACUUGGCCAAAAAGAUUUCAAGAGCCAUCAUAUGGUAAAGGAAGGCUUGGGUGUUUUUCGUAAUUUGUGCAACUUUCCCAAAUCUCGACCCCCGGAUUAUACGGCGUCCAUGCCCACGCAGACGGAGCAGCUGGAUCUGCCCCCAUAUCCCCAAUGUGAGGUGCCUGUGUCCGACCAGGGCGGGAAACGGCGCAGAGGCUCAUCUUCAUCUGUCGAUGGAACCCGAAAAAGACUGCUUCGCCCAUUGGAGUUUCCUGAUCUUUGGUCAGGCUCUCCCACCGAAAUAAAUACACCGAGUGUCCUCUCACCGUCACUCGCGUCAAUUCGCCAAACCGACUUUGAGCGUGCUUCGCCUGGUCGCAGCAAUGAUGGGAAUCUCGAGCGUCUCAUAGAAGCACUUCGUGACGCCACUGACGAGACGAUCAUCGAAGCACUUGGACAAACGAAUCACAGUGACCUGCUAGCUUUACGACAAAAUACGGAUCAAAAAGAGCCAGCCGGGCUUGAACGACAUGUCUGUAAGAUGUUUGACGACUUUGGUGUCAAUAUGUCCGGGCAUCUUCACGACGAGAUCCUUCACCGUUUGCGCAACGCGAUACCUGAAUACCUAGGCGACUCAAAUUUCGAAGAGAUUGUCCGUAAUCAAAUCUCUGACGAAUUCGAAACCAUACAAAUCGAUUAUCUUGCACAGGUCGAUGAAAAGAUCGAGGAUGGUAGAUUCGAAAUACAAGAUGUCGCCAAUGAUUCUUGGAAGGUAUUUGAGGAUGAUGCGCUACGCCUCAGGGAUGAUAUCAAGGAUGAGAUCAAGGAUGAGAUCAAGGAUGAGAUCAAGGAUGAGAUCAAAGAUGAGAUCAAAGAUGAGAUCAAGGAUGAGAUCAAGGCUGAGAUUAAGGCUGAGAUUAAGGCUGAAAUCAAGGCUGAAAUGCUUGGGUUUCAGGAAAGCCCCGCUAGGUUCAAGCGCUUGUUUCAUAAUAGCAAGUCAAAACCAUAUAGCCAUGCAAGGUAUCUCUCUAUCUAG